AUGGCAUUGGUUGUUUAUAGAUACGGCUUUUCGUCAACAACGAUUGAAAGCAUGGCAGUAGGUGGUUCCUGGAUGCCAAUUUUAACACCGAAGACUGUCCUGCCUUUGUUUUUUAUAAUGGGAAUCAUAUUUGCACCGAUAGGGGGGUUGUUGAUAUAUGCUAGUUCGCAGGUUGAAGAGCUAAUAUUCGACUAUUCCAAUUGCCAUAACGCACCUGUCGGCAAGGACAAUGCCAAAGAUGCCACGAGCAAUGUUCGAGCCUCUUUCAAAACCCAAUCAAAAGGAGAUACGCCUUAUCAGUGGUAUAAGAAUGAUAAUGUUAAUGUCACUCUUGAUAACGGUGUCCAUAUCAACACAACUGUCUGUUCACUUAUUUUCAAUAUACCAAAUGAUAUAGGCGCGCCAGUCUAUCUCUACUACCGCCUUACCAACUUCUACCAAAACCAUCGUCGAUAUGUCAAAUCUCUCGACCUGGACCAGAUGAAAGGUGUUGCUGUGCCUAACUCAACCAUUGGAACCGGCAAUUGUGAUCCUCUCCGGCUUGAUCCCAGCGGCAAGGCAUAUUACCCUUGUGGCCUGAUUGCGAACUCCGUAUUCAACGAUACAUUCUCGGAACCCAAACGUAUUGGGAGCGGUGAUAGCAACGGGAAUGAGACAUAUAGGAUGACCAACAAGGGCAUCUCCUGGGCAUCCGACAAAGAUCUCUAUAAACCCACGAAAUAUACCUUUGACCAAGUCGCCCCUCCUCCAAACUGGAUUAAGAGAUAUCCGGAUGGAUAUACUGAAAAGAACCCGCCACCAAAUGUCCAGGAAUGGGAGGAAUUACAAGUUUGGAUGCGCACUGCCGGCCUUCCAACUUUCAGCAAGCUAGCGAGACGAAACGAUACGGGGCGUAUGUUAGCUGGGUCGUAUCAGAUUGAUAUUCAAGACAAUUUCAACGUAAAUUAUUUUGGAGGCACGAAAUCUAUUGUUCUCACUACACGAAGUGUUAUGGGAGGCAAGAACCCUUUCCUGGGAAUUGCAUACGUGGUCGUUGGUGGAAUCUGUAUUCUGCUCGGAACAAUCUUCACUUUUGUUCAUUUAGUUAAACCAAGGAAACUUGGUGAUCAUCGUUAUCUCACUUGGAAUAGUGAGCAUGACUCCAUGGGCGCAGCAACAGGAGCAUCAACAACCCCUAAAUCGUUCUUCAACUUCCGAAGACGAGGCUAA